GAUGGGAUUAAGAAAAUACAAGGACCAUUUGAAAGAAGAAAUAGUUAUCCAGGAAGGAAUACAGGCUAUAAUAAUAGGAGUACAGGACAUAGUAGGACUAACAACUACAGUAGGAAUGGAAAUAGUUACAAUAAUGGUUAUAAGAAAAGAUAUUGACAACACUCAGAGUACGAAUUAG